AUGAAUCGAUUGCGAGUUGCACCAAAAGAAACGGAUGACACAACUCAAACGACAAGUUCUUUUACGAGACUUAAGCUUAUUGUUGCACUCUCAACACUGGCUGUUAUCGGUAGCUCUGCAGCUAUUGGCGGAGGUUUGGCUGCAGUAAAAACAGAUUUCAACGCAUGUUUCUCGAAUCCAUGUCAGAAUACGGGAACAUGUGAAGUAGUCGCGGAUGAAUACAUAUGCAUUUGUACAAAUGAGUACAUGGGACUACAUUGUGAAACAGCCAUCGACCACUGUGAAACUGAUCCAUGUCAAAAUGGCGGCAUAUGCCAUGAUGCGAUUGGAACCUACAACUGCGAAUGCUUGGAAGACUAUGAGGGCGCUCAAUGUGAAUUAGAUAUGAAUCCUUGUCAUCAAGAUGAUAUAUGUUAUGGUGGACUGUGCGUACGAACGGAUGAAGAUCACCGUUGUGAGUGUGAUGCAGGUGCUGAUGUACAGAACGUCGCUCAUGGUAAACUGGCUUCUCAGAGAUCGGAAUCAGCGAGAGGGGAACCGAAGAGAGCUAUAGAUGGUAAUGCCAACCCAAGCUAUUUUAGCUCCAGCUGCACACACACUGGCGAUGAUCCGAAUUAUGACGUGCCUUGGUUCCAGCUGGAUCUAGGGGUAACGCACUGCAUUACAAGUGUUGUUCUCACAAAUAGGCAUGAUAAUUGCGGAUGCGCUGACAGACUAUCACAGUCUCAAGUUCUAAUUGGAAAUAUUGAUGAAUGGGAAACCGCUCCGCAAUGUGGUGACACCAUCACCGUUGCCAUGACAGAACCGAACGACGUUGAGUUCAUCUGUGAUCCUGGUACAGCUGGACGUUAUGUUACCGUGCGACGACUUGAAGAAGGCAUAAUAACCCUUUGUGAAAUUCUGGUUUUUGCCCCAUUGAGAAGACGAUACGAGUUUAUAACCGAUGAGGUUAACUGGUUUACCGGAAAGCAGGUAUGCGAGAAUCAAGGAGCUCACUUGGCUAAGAUUAGAAAUGAAGACGAGCAUAUUUAUCUGCGAGACCUGAUUGUUCAACACACUGGCAUGAACUGGAUCAAGUUGAAACAUUUCUGUGGAGUGAGGCUUCCUGCGACGACACCACUGCGGACGUAG